AUGACGGGCCGCAAGAGAAAGCAAGAGGAGGAGGAAGAGCUCGUCUCGCUCCCCAGCGGCGACGAGGAGGAAGAGUAUGUAGAGGAUGACGAUGAAGAGGAGAUCGAUGACGAGGAAGACGAGGAAGAGGAGGAGUACAGCGAGGAAGGCGAAGGUGCAGAGGGCGAUGAGGAGGACGAGGAGAACGCCGCCCCAGAACAAGCCCCCCCUAAGAAGAAGCUAAAGACGGCCCCCGUCGUCGAAGCGGCUCAGAAGAACGGCACGGCCGCGAAUGGCCACGGGAAGGACGAGAGGGCCGAGGUUGAGGAGGAAGAAGAGUUUGAUGAGGAAGACGAGGAAGACGAGGAGGCCGAGGGCGAGGAGGACGAAGAAGAGGAAGAUGAUGUCGAUGACGAGGAGGUGCCUGCGAAGGGUGUCGGUAAGGUCGCGGCCCCCGCCGUCGGAAAGGCCGAUUCCAAGGCCGUUGCUGCCGGCAGCGACGAGGAGGACUAG